AUGUACCAGGCAUUUAUCAGUCGCUCGAGGCCAGCUGUGUCCAACCUCGGCCAACGCAUCCAGUCAGCGGAUCCCUCCCAGCGUCGAAAGCACAUCGUACGCUCGGAUACCUAUCGCCGGGAUAGCUUCGAACCCGGCCACAUUCCGCUCAGUUCGCUGCGGGUGCAGGCCGCGGCCUGGGGCGUUGCAGGGGCGGGGAUCUUCGCCACCCUGCAUGGCGUGUAUAUGAUGGUGCGAUCGUUUCGGCAGAUUCGCUACAUCUAGGAUAAGAGUGGAAUGAAAAGGAUGGAUGGUCUAGCGUGUGUGUCGGGUGUCGCAUUACUUCCAGCUUCACAGUCUGUACAGCAGCGUGUUUUGAUUCCAUAAUCUCUCAAUGCCAAAUACCACUGUUAUUC